ACCCCCCUCCUCCGGCUCGAACUCCGCGACCUCUCCAGCCCCGGCGCCCACACCUUCCUCCGCCUCGUGCACGCCUCCACCGCCCUCUCCACCGCCGUCACCACCGUCCUCACGCACCUCUACACCGCGCUCCCUCCCUCUAGCAUCCCGCCCACGCGCUCCGUAACCCUCGUGUUGCGCGAAAUGGAUGGCGUAGCCUACACCACCGGGUUGGACCUGGAUUCCGACCACAAGGAAAUCCACUUCAACACGUCGUACAUCGCGGGCAUCGAUGCGGGGCGCGUCAAGGAAGAGAUGCUGGGGGUGCUGGUGCAUGAGAUGGUGCAUUGCUGGCAGUGGGACGGGCAAGGUGCGGCGCCGGGAGGACUGGUGGAGGGGAUAGCGGAUUGGGUGCGACUGAAGGCGGGGUAUGCACCGCCGCAUUGGAAGAGGCAUAUGGAUUGUGAGUGGGAUGCUGGGUAUGAGCGGACAGGGUAUUUCUUAGCGUGGUUGGAGGAGGCACAUGGGAAGGAUGUUGUGAGGAGGAUUAAUGAGGGGUUGAGGGGGUGCAAGUAUGAUGAAGAGAGGUUGUGGAGGGAGUGUUGUGGGAAGGGGGUUAAGGAGUUAUGGAGGGAGUAUAAGAAGUGUUAUGAGGAGGAG